AUGCCUUUACAAACCACUACUCCGUCGAAAUGUACCUAUAUUAUUCACAAAGGCAAACCAGAGGCAAAAGAAUGCGGAAAGAAACCUAAGUCCGGUUCGCUAUGUGCCGAACAUAAGUUGCGGAAACCACAGGUGCAUGAUAGCGAUGAAGGAGAAAGGGAGGAAGAGACACGCCCGGCUGAACGCAGUAUCAUUCAAGAACGCCGUACACGCGAAUCUACCCCAGUAACGGAUACACCGACACGCCCCAGAACUGCGCGCAAUAAAUCCAGCUCUACUUCAGCAACGAAUACACCGAUAAGUACUGACCGCAAGAGUACUCCGAGGCCCUGUACACGAGACUCUACCCCCAAAGCUACGCCUAAAUCAGCUUCUACCCGUAAAUCGCGCAGUUCACUCCCUAGAGCUGACUCUACACCUCCUACUUUAACCAGAACAAGUAGUGAUGGUAUUGAAGAACUCACGGGCCGGCUCAAGGACUUGAAUGUCGAAGAUGAAGAUGACAUCGAGGCCAUACCUUCAGUCCGGGAAUGGCCAGUGAUGCCGAAGCGAGUGGACACCGCCGAGAGCGUAGUCAGUUACGGUACUUGUGAUCCGUACAAGAGAGCAUUGUCGAAUUACUUGAUGGAGGGUAUUAAAGACGUAUUGGUGGCCGCAGAAAUCAUUAAGGAACUUCCGAAGUUCCCAAGAAGUGAUGGGCCAGGUUACGUCUACAUCUUCCGGGCAACCCCAGUCCAAAGUUUUCAAAUGACUACAGACAACAAAAAAAGCGACGUUCCACGACGGCAUCAGCAGAAGACGUUCAAGGCCGAGCGCAUGGCUCAUAUACAGCUGCAGAUCUGGCCUUAUGAGCCGCCCAAUGGCCGGUGUCUAUGCGGCACAAAACAUAAGGAGCUCUUUGCAGUUACACCAAAGCAGUUGAAGGCUGUGUUUAAAUGCGUCGAUCAUUGGGCUACCGUUGUGAAUACAGAUCAUGAGAAGCUAUGGCCUGGCGCGGUUGAGAUGAACAGUUCCAAGACCGACGGUCAGUCAGCAAGCAGAUUAACAGCUUCGUCGAGGUCCUAA